GGGCGCAGCCGGAGCGGGAGCGGAGCGGAGCGGGAGGUACCGGGGCGGGGGUCACGACGGAGAAGGGCGGGGGGCCGGGCCGGGCGUUCCCUCACCUUCCCACACCGGCGGGACUUGACUUGUCGCGGCCGUAUCGCGACGGGUGGGACAAUCGCGACAGCGCCAUGCUUGCCAACGCGGCCACCAUGCGGAUCCUCAUCAAGGGGGGGAAGGUGGUGAACGACGACUGCACGCUGGAGGCAGACGUCUACAUCGAGAACGGCAUCAUCCAGCAAGUUGGGCGCGAGCUGAUGAUCCCCGGUGGGGCCAAGGUCAUCGACGCCACCGGCAAGCUCGUCAUCCCCGGCGGCAUCGACACCAGCACCCACUUCCACCAGACCUUCAUGAACGCCACCUGCGUGGAUGACUUCUACCACGGCACCAAGGCAGCCCUGGUGGGAGGGACGACGAUGAUCAUCGGCCACGUCCUGCCGGACAAGGAGACCUCGCUGCUGGACGCCUACGAGAAGUGCCGCAGCCUGGCCGACCCCAAGGUCUGCUGCGACUACGCCCUGCACAUGGGCAUCACCUGGUGGGCGCCCAAGGUGAAGGCGGAGAUGGAGACGCUGGUGCGGGAGAAGGGGGUGAACUCCUUCCAGAUGUUCAUGACCUACAAGGACCUGUACAUGCUGCGGGACAGCGAGCUCUACCAGGUCUUCCGCGCCUGCCGCGACUUCGGGGCCAUCGCCCGCGUCCACGCCGAGAACGGCGAGCUGGUGGCCGAGGGAGCGAAGGAGGCGCUGGACCUGGGCAUCACGGGGCCGGAGGGCAUCGAGAUCAGCCGGCCCGAGGAGCUGGAAGCCGAGGCCACGCACCGCGUCAUCACCAUCGCCAACAGGACCCACUGCCCCGUCUACCUGGUGAACGUCUCCAGCAUGUCGGCGGGGGACGUCAUCGCCGCCGCCAAGAUGCAAGGGAAGGUGGUGUACGCGGAGACGACCACGGCGCACGCCACGCUCACCGGGCUGCACUACUACCACCAGGACUGGUUCCACGCCGCCGCCUACGUCACCGUGCCGCCGCUGCGCCUCGACACCAACACCUCCGCCUACCUCAUGAGCCUGCUCGCCAACGACACGCUGAACAUCGUGGCCUCGGACCACCGGCCCUUCAGCCCCAAGCAGAAAGCCAUGGGCAAGGAGGACUUCACCAAGAUCCCCCACGGCGUCAGCGGGGUGCAGGACCGCAUGAACAUCAUCUGGGAGCGCGGCGUGGUCGGGGGUAAGAUGGACGAGAACCGCUUCGUGGCCGUGACCAGCUCCAACGCCGCCAAGAUCCACAACCUCUACCCCCGCAAGGGCCGCAUCAUCCCGGGCGCCGACGCCGACGUCGUGGUCUGGGACCCCGAGGCCACCAAGACCAUCUCGGCCAGCACCCAGGUGCAGGGGGGGGACAUCAACCUGUACGAGAACAUGCGGUGCCACGGGGUGCCCCUGGUCACCAUCAGCCGCGGGCGCGUGGUCUACGAGAACGGCGUCUUCAUGUGCGCCGAGGGCACCGGCAAGUUCUGCCCGCUCCGCUCCUUCCCGGACUCCGUCUACAAGAAGCUGGUGCAGCGGGAGAAGAGUUUAAAGCUGCGGGGGGUGGAUCGCACCCCGUACCUGGGGGACGUGGCCGUGGUUGUGCAUGCCGGGAAAAAAGAGACGGGGACGCCCCUGGCCGAUACGCCCACGCGCCCCGCCACGCGCCACGGGGGCAUGAGGGACCUCCACGAGUCCAGCUUCAGCCUCUCCGGUUCUCAGAUCGAUGACCACGUUCCAAAGCGAGCUUCGGCCCGGAUUCUCGCUCCCCCCGGAGGCCGGUCGAGCGGCAUUUGGUAGAGCCGGGGACCUGUCCCCCAACUGAGCACCGGGCGCCGGCCCCGCGCCGCCCCCCCCGGGACCCCGGCGUCGGCGGGGCUCCCCUGCCCGGGGGGGUCCCUGCCCGGCGGCCGCGGGGCCGUGCCGGCAGCGGGAGCCGUGGCCGGCGCGCUAUGGGGGGCCGGGGGGGCCGCGGCACAGGCCGGCGGGAGGGGGCCGGCCCCGGCCCUUUUCUGUUUGCACGUUGGGUUUGGAUCCGUGAGUUUUUGACUUGUCUGUGCAUCCCGUGGAGGUAACUCUGAAGUGGUUUGUGUCACUAGCGUUAGGGGAGACAGGGACCCCCGCACCCCACUCCGCACCCCCCACCCCGCCCCCCCGGCCCCGCGCGGGACGCGUCAGCCCUUCCCGCGGCGCGCACACGCGUGUGCGUGCUCUCGGUGAGAGGCGCGCCGCACACGCGUGCGCGCACGUGUGCGUCCCUCCGUGCAAGGUGCCAGCAGGCUCCUCACCGCCACGUGCGAGUGCACACGCGUGGGCCAGGCCCUGCGUGCUCUCGGUGAGAUGUUCACAGCACACACGUGUGUACACACAUGCGUUUCUCCAUGCAACAUGCCAGCAGGCUCCUCACCGCCGCACGUGUGUGUGCGCACGUGUGUGUCACCCUGCAUGGUCUCAGCGAGGUGUUCACUGCACACGUGUGUACACACAUGUGCAACUUUUCAUGCAAGGUGCCAGCAGGCUCCUCACCGCCACGUGCGAGUGCACACACGUGGGCCAGGCCCUGCGUGCUCUCGGUGAGAUGUUCACAGCACACACGUGUGUACACACACGCGUUUCUCCAUGCAACGUGCCAGCAGGCUCCUCACCGCCACACGUGCAUGUGCGUGCACACGCGUGUGUCACCCUGCACGGUCUCAGCGAGGUGUUCACUGCACACGUGUGUACACACAUGUACAUUUCUCCAUGCAACGUGCCAGCAGGCUCCUCACCGCCGCACGUGCAUGUGCGUGCACACGCGUGUGUCACCCUGCACGGUCUCAGCGAGGUGUUCACUGCACACGUGUGUACACACAUGUGCAACUUUUCAUGCAAGGUGCCAGCAGGCUCCUCACUGCCACGUGUGAGUGCGCACGUGUGUGUCACGCCAUGCGUACUGUCAGUGAGAUGUUCACAGCACACGUGUGUACACACAUGUACAUUUCUCCAUGCAACGUGCCAGGAGGGUCCUCGCCGCCACACGUGCAUGUGCACGCACACGCGUGUGUCACCCUGCACGG